GGAGGAGUAGCCUAGCCCAGUUAACAGUGACACCUCAUUGGUUUUCUCCAUAUCUAUCUAUAUAUCAUCUCUGCAUCUUUCUUUCUCUCACCUCACCAAACCAAUGAAGAAGAAGAUGAUGGCAACCACCGCCAUCUCCCUCCUCUUCUCCGCUCUCUUCCUCAUCUCCUCCGUCCACGCCUUCUACCUCCCCGGCGUCGCUCCUCGCGAUUUCCAAAUUGGUGACCCCCUCUAUGUCAAAGUGAACAAAUUGUCGUCUACGAAGACUCAGCUUCCAUAUGACUACUACUACUUGAACUAUUGCAAGCCCAAGAAGAUAUUGAACAGUGCGGAAAAUUUGGGAGAGGUUCUUAGAGGUGAUCGCAUUGAGAAUUCAGUAUAUACAUUUCAUAUGAGGAAGGAACAGUCUUGUACUGUUGUUUGUCAUAUAACUUUGGAUGCUGAUUCUGCGAAGAAUUUUAAAGAAAAAAUUGAUGAUGAAUAUCGAGUGAACAUGAUUUUGGAUAACCUUCCAGUUGCUGUUCUUAGACAAAGGAGGGAUGGAAGUCAAUCAACAACAUAUGAACAUGGUUUUCGUGUUGGAUUCAAAGGAAACUAUCAAGGGAGUAAGGAGGAGAAAUAUUUUAUCAAUAACCACUUGAGCUUUAGAGUCAUGUAUCACAAGGAUCCUGAAACUGGUGCUGCACGUAUUGUUGGAUUUGAGGUCACACCAAACAGUAUAAAUCAUGAAUUCAAGGAGUGGAAUGACAAGAAUCCACAGGUAACAACAUGCAAUAAAGAUACCAAGAAUUUGAUGCAAGGUAGUACUGUCCCACAAGAAGUUGAUACAAAAAAGGAUAUCGUGUUCACAUAUGAUGUUUCCUUCAAGGAAAGUGAGAUCAAAUGGGCAUCACGGUGGGACACAUAUCUUUUAAUGAAUGACGAUCAGAUCCACUGGUUCUCUAUCAUUAACUCUCUGAUGAUUGUUCUUUUCCUGUCUGGAAUGGUGGCCAUGAUCAUGAUGAGAACUCUUUACAGAGACAUUGCCAAUUAUAAUCAACUAGAAACCCAAGAUGAGGCCCAAGAAGAAACAGGGUGGAAGCUUGUUCACGGAGAUGUUUUCAGGCCACCAGUCAAUUCAAAUUUGCUGUGUGUUUACGUCGGUACUGGUGUUCAGCUCUUUGCAAUGACACUUGUGACAAUGAUAUUUGCUUUGCUAGGGUUCUUGUCUCCAUCUAAUCGGGGAGGUCUCAUGACUGCGAUGGUUCUAUUGUGGGUUUUUAUGGGCUUAUUUGCUGGGUACGCCUCAGCACGUUUGUACAAGAUGUUCAAGGGCACAGAAUGGAAAAGGAAUACCUUGAAAACUGCAUUUAUGUUUCCAGGCAUUCUUUUUGCUGUCUUCUUUGUGCUGAAUGCCUUAAUCUGGGGGGAGCAGUCCUCUGGGGCAGUCCCUUUUGGAACAAUGUUUGCUCUGGUCUGCUUAUGGUUUGGUAUAUCGGUACCCUUGGUUUUUGUGGGCAGUUACUUAGGUUUUAAAAAACCAGCAAUUGAAGAUCCAGUGAAGACUAAUAAAAUUCCUAGGCAGGUACCUGAGCAGGCAUGGUAUAUGAAACCUGUCUUCUCGAUUCUUAUUGGAGGCAUUCUUCCAUUUGGUGCAGUGUUUAUCGAGCUCUUCUUUAUCCUGACAUCAAUAUGGCUGAACCAGUUCUACUACAUCUUUGGCUUCCUUUUCAUAGUUUUUGUUAUUCUGCUAAUCACCUGCGCAGAGAUUACUAUUGUGCUUUGCUACUUCCAAUUGUGCAGUGAGGAUUACAAUUGGUGGUGGAGAUCUUACCUCACUGCUGGGUCCUCGGCUCUGUACCUUUUCCUCUACUCAAUUUUCUACUUCUUUACCAAGUUGGAAAUUUCAAAGCUGGUCUCAGGAAUCCUUUACUUUGGAUAUAUGAUCAUUGUUUCAUAUGCCUUCUUUGUGUUGACGGGAACUAUUGGCUUCUAUGCAUGCUUCUGGUUUGUUCGCAAGAUCUACUCUUCGGUGAAGAUUGAUUGAUUUCAGAUAUCAUAUAGGUGAUGAUUCCAGCGGAACCUGAGAGAGAGAGAGGCUGUAACAAUGUGAGGACAUAGUUACCUUUCCCCCACCCUUGAAAACCCUUUUUGUUUAUUGUUAGAGUAGCGGACAGAUGGAUUGUUAAUUUGUUACACUGUUUUCAAAUAUUGUUGUGGUAGUUUCUGAAGUAAUGAUAUAUGUCUGCAUAUCUCUACGUGA